ACUUGCAGUGUCCUGCUGUGUCGCGUGGUUGUGUGUGGUUGUGCAACUUGAAGUGUUUUUUGCCGCUGCGUUAUCUCGGAUUUUGUCUCUCUAAUGGCAUCGCCCGAGUCAAAGUCUCCCGAGCAGUCCGAGAAAAGUCGAAAGUACGACAGGCAGUUGAGAUUAUGGGGCGACCAUGGCCAAGCAACGUUAGAGGCGGCGCACGUCUGUGUGAUAAACGCUACUGCGCUCGGUACGGAGAUACUGAAAUCGUUAGUACUUCCAGGUAUAGGAGCGUUCACGAUAGUCGAUGGCAAGAAGAUUACUGACGACGACAUCGGAGCCAACUUCUUUCUAGAAGCCGAUAGCGUCGGGAAGUCCAGGGCGCAAGUAGCUACCCAAAUGCUAUUGGAGCUGAAUCCAGACGUGACGGGUGAUUACAUCGACGAAGAGCCUGAACAGAUCUUGUCCAAUAGUCCGGAUUUCUUUAACAGCUUCACCGCGGUCGUGGCGACUGCACUAAGUGAGAAAACGCUAGUUCUGCUGUCGCAGAGACUCUGGGAGCUGAAUAUUCCUCUAAUAGUGUGCAAGAGUAUAGGGUUCAUCGCGUACAUGCGCAUUCAGAUAAACGAGCACACGGUGGUGGAGACGCAUCCGGACAACGAAGCGCCAGAUCUGCGGCUGGACAAGCCGUUCGACAGCCUGAAGAAGCACCUGGACUCCAUCGACUUGGACGAAAUGAGCUUCAAGGACCACUGUCACGUGCCGUAUCUGGUCCUCUUGUACAAAUACCUGGGCAAGUGGAUUUCGGAGCACGGCGCGCUGCCGAGGACCUACAAGGACAAGGAGAGGCUCAAGGAGACGAUAAAGAACGGCAUGAGGCGCGACGAGCACGAUUCGUCCAACAGCGAGGAGAACUUCGAGGAGGCUAUAAAGGCUGUGAAUACAUGUGUAAGAACGAGCGAUGUCCCCGACAGCGUCGUAAAUAUCUUCAAUGACGACCGCUGCGUCAAUCUAACGGCGAAGAGCAGCUCCUUCUGGAUUAUCACGAAGGCGGUGCGCGAUUUCAUUGAUAACGAGGGAGGAGGACUCCUGCCGCUCAAGGGCGCGCUGCCCGACAUGACCGCAGACACCGAGAAGUACAUUACACUUCAACAAAUUUAUCACAAACAAGCAUCAACGGACGCGGAGGCCGUAUGGCGACGCGUUUUGCAGUUGCUGCGUCAGUUGGGACGACCAUCAGACUCGAUCUCGGAGAAAGACGUCAAGCUAUUCUGCAGGCAUGCCAGUGAUAUUUACGUGGAGAGGGGAAGCUGCAUCGCAGACGAAUACGAUUCCAAGGUUUUCGAUGCUAAUGUGAUAGUUCAAAAUCUCGAGAAUCCCGAGAGUAUGAUGAUCUACUACGUCAUGCUACGAGGGGUGGACAAGUUCCAAGCGGAGUACAACUCUUACCCCGGCGAGUUCGAUAAUCAAGUGGAGCCCGAUAUUGUGAAGCUCAAGGCGUGCGUCACGAAGUUGCUGAGCGAAUGGGGAUGCGGACCGUUGGCCAAGGACGAUUACGUGCACGAGUUCUGUCGCUUCGGCGGCGCGGAAUUGCACUCGGUCUCGGCGUUUCUCGGUGGCCUGGCGGCGCAGGAGACCAUCAAGCUGAUCACGAAUCAAUACAAGCCCGUUCACAACACUUUCAUCUACGACGCCGUCACGUCGAACUCGGAGACCUUCUUCUUUGCUAAUAGUAUAGACUACAAGAUGAAAAAGAAAAGAACGCGGGAUCUAGCGGGAUCUGCAACUAAAGUCUACACGAAAAUCCGUCGGAUUAGGUUGGCACUCGCUCGGUCUUGUGAUCGAACAGCUGAACGAGACGAAGAGCACGAGACACGGAGACAGAACGGGAAUCAGUCCUUUUCCGAGCAGGAUUAUUUCUGCGUAAAUCAACGUCGGACUCCGACAGCAACCAUGGUGGACCGAGCGAACAUCAAGCAAAUUAUACCGGCGCUGCCGGACGAGAAGAUCGAUAUGCUGGCAGCUACGAGCGUUCUGCAGCAGCAGGCAGCUGACAUUAGGAAUCAGCGAAUCAACUGGCAGUCGUACUUGCAAUCGCAGAUGAUAUCGAAAGAGGACUAUGACUUUAUAGCAGCCUUUGACACGAGCGACACGAAAGCCAGGGAGAACAAGCUGAAGGAGAAUCCACAUCAAGCGGCUAAAACGUUUCUCAAUCUGCUCGGUCAUGUCUCCAAGGAUCAGACAAUCCAGUAUAUCCUGACGAUGAUUGAUGACAUGCUGCAGGAGGAUCGCAAUCGCGUAGAAAUCUUCCGCGAGCAUUCCACGCGUAAACGAGAGUCCGUUUGGGGGCCGUUCCUCAAUCUGUUGAAUCGGCAAGACGGCUUCAUAAUGAACAUGACGUCGCGCAUUAUAGCCAAGCUGGCCUGCUGGAGCCACGAUCUCAUGGAGAAGACCGAUCUGCAGUUCUACUUGACUUGGCUCAAGGAUCAGUUGAAACUCAGCAACAACGAAUACAUCCAGUCGGUGGCGCGAUGCCUGCAAAUGAUGCUCCGCAUAGACGAGUAUCGCUUCGCAUUCGUGUCGGUCGACGGGAUUUCGACCCUCCUCAGCGUCCUGUCCGGUAGGGUAAACUUCCAAGUGCAAUAUCAGCUUAUUUUCUGCCUGUGGGUACUUACCUUCAAUCCUCUCUUGGCGGAGAAAAUGAACAAAUUCAACGUUAUACCCAUCCUCGCCGAUAUACUCAGCGACUCCGUCAAGGAGAAAGUAACGCGCAUCAUACUCGCCGUGUUCAGGAACUUGAUCGAGAAAGUGGAGGACGGCCAGGUCGCCAAGGAGCACUGCAUCGCCAUGGUGCAGUGCAAGGUGCUGAAGCAGCUCUCCAUACUGUGCCAGCGUAAAUUCGACGACGAGGACAUCACCGACGACAUCGAGUUCCUCAACGACAAGCUGCAGGCGUCCGUGCAGGAUCUCAGCUCGUUCGACGAGUACUCGACGGAGGUGAAAUCCGGCCGCCUCGAGUGGUCGCCCGUUCACAAGUCGGGCAAGUUCUGGCGCGAGAACGCCAGCCGCCUCAACGAGAAGAAUUACGAGCUGCUGCGGAUCCUGGUGCACCUGCUGGAGACCAGUAAAGACCCGCUCGUCCUCAGCGUGGCCAGCUUCGACAUAGGCGAAUACGUGCGGCAUUACCCGCGCGGCAAGCACAUAAUCGAACAGCUCGGCGGCAAGCAGCGCGUGAUGCAGCUUCUCGGGCACGAGGAUCCGAAUGUCAGAUACGAGGCCCUUCUCGCAGUGCAGAAGCUCAUGGUGCAUAAUUGGGAGUAUCUCGGGAAACAAUUGGAGAAGGAACAAACUAACGCAUCCGGAGCGCCCACCAACAAGCCUGGAGCACAAGUGCCGGCGAAGGCCUGAACGUUCGUCCAACUUGUCGAAGUUACUCGACAACUAUUCGAAUUUUCCGAACGGGAUACGAGAGUAUUAUUAGUUCACGUAAUGUAAUCUACAUCCGCUUGCGUAAAAUUCCGCACGCGUAAUUCGAGACACUUACAUUCCUUUUGAUCCUGUGUAAAAAAAAAAGAAAGAAGGUACAGUCGAAUCCACUAUCUCUUCUCGUGCAAUGUAAUUUUGUAACAUAAUUAUUGAUCGGAUUGUGUGUACAGUACUUGUAUAAAUAUAUCGUUUUAAAUCGUAAGGCAAGAGUAGCCGGGCGCCGGCAUAAUCGGAGCUCGUCAUGCGUAAAACUUUAAGCCUGCUAUAAAUAAAUUUGUUCUGAAAUGUUAGAAAAUAAAA